GCUUUGUGCUCAGAUUGCCGCAUCGCACUCUCAGCAAGACAGCGACAAGUAUGGACGAACGUGCACGACAGAGAUUUAAAGCCCUGUUCGCCUCGUCAAGCUUUUCAUCAUCCUCUGGCGGGAGACCUUUGACAAGUUCUCCGUACAAGAAGCUGGAUCAGAGGAAGAACCAAAUACGCAUCGCCGUCCUGACGCCCGAAGACCCAUCCUCCAGGGACCAACCCAUACACCUCACUCUAGAGACAGUAAACCUCGGCAACGACCCUGAAUAUGAAGCACUUUCCUACCAAUGGGGCGAUCCGAAAAUCACGACCGAGAUAUUCCUCAAUGGGGUCUCAUGGCAAAUCACGAAGAAUCUGCAUUCGGCAUUGAAAGCAUUCCGUAGCUCUAGCGCAGGCGGUGAUCGGUUACCAGUACGGCUCUGGAUCGAUGCAGUGUGUAUUAAUCAGCUUGACUUGUCCGAGAAGACCUGGCAAAUACCGUUGAUGUUCAAAAUAUACUCUCAAGCACGUAACGUGAGGAGUUGGUUGGACCCUCGCGACUUUGAAUCUAAAGAACGAACUGACCCGGCAUUCCGCUUGCUGAAAGAAUAUUCUCUUGGCGUCAUAGACGUUGAGCCCCCGGCACAGGGACUACACCCAGAUCGAGCCAAGGCUAUUCUGGAGAGCUUCGGUGUGCUUGCUGACAUUUUUCGCAACCAAUACUGGCGACGGCGUUGGAUCACACAAGAAAUUGUACUCGCCAAAAGACUUUCCAUACACUGCGGCAGACACUCCCAGCAUGAUCUAAACCUGCGGAACCUUCAUCGCAAACUUGAUCUUCUGUCUACACACUUGCAGGCAGCUCUACCAUACCAAGGCGACCGCGACUUAUGGGGCGUUGUAGAUAACGAUAAGGAUGUUUGGAAGGCCCACCAGCCACUGAAUUUCAUCCUGAACAGCAUUUCGGUUAUAAUAGCUUUCGACAAGCCACUGACGAAACAUCCUUAUCUCCUUCGAGAUAUGCGAGGCGCUGAGCAAACAGGCGAGCUAGACUGCGUGUAUGGCAUUCUAGGAUUGCUAGAAAGAGACCUGGGCAAUUCAAUACUCACGCCUGACUACAAACUACCUAUCGCUGAAGUCUUGCAGAAAUUUGCUUUCGAGUUCAUGACGGCCAGCAAGUCAUUGGCUUUGAUGUAUGAAUCCUAUCCCGAGGACCGCAAAUUGCCAACCUGGGUUCCCGACCUGCGCACUACAUCUAAGGGCAACGACCGUUUCUAUUCGGAUGCGGUUGCACUGUCGGAUGAAGACCUCAUCAAUUCCGGCAUUCGAUCUAUGACAGUUCGUAGUGGUAUUCGCUUUCCCGGCGCAAGCACUCAACGCAGACCUAAUAUGCUAGCUGAAUUCGAUCACCUCUUCAAUGCUUCAGCCAGCAGCAAAUUCUUCGCCAAACCUCCUGCAACAGGCAUCAUCCACGUGCGUGGCUUAAUGGUUGACAACAUUACAGACCUCUCAGGUCACGACAAAGGUUACUCAAAUAUCCAUCCCCAAAAGCUAAUGGAUGGCUGGAUACCAAUGGACUGGAUGGACAUGUACGACUACGCGACCCGAUAUGGAGAUACGUUUCAACACGAUACAUUCGAAGACGAAGGGUUGAUCCGGGCAUUAUGUGCCGACAGCAUGAGGCCAUAUCCGAUCGAUGAAGACGGAAAGCCACAGCCAGAGCAGCCCAUGCGUCGAAUGACUCGUGAAGAUGUUGAAGAGCACCGACGAGGCAUCGACGCAAUGCGCACAUAUCCCGGACAGUUCGUGCAACAUCCCAGUGUAUUCCUCGACGCCAGCAUGUCAUUGUACAAAUUCUUCUGUACGGGCAAUGGCCGUAUUGGCAUUACCUUUGCCGAGGAUGUGCAGCAAGGCGACUACAUAUUCGUGGUGGCUUCUCUGAAUAUGCCACUGAUUAUUCGUGGUGCUCAGUAUGCUGAUGCCGAGGACGUCGCCGCUGCUAAGGAACGAAAAUUGCUGGAUCCUGCUUAUCGUGGCAGAUCUCUCACCACGUUCAAAGUGGUCGGAUCUUGUUAUUUGCAUGGGAUUAUGGAUGGCGAGGCUAUUGCCAGUGUUGCAGCGGAGAGGCAAUGCAGUGUUGAGGACGUUUUUGAAGAUUUGUUUCUGAUCUGA